AUGAGGUCCUUCCUCCCUCUCCUGUCGAUGAGCGCCGUUGCGCAGGCCCUCUACUUCUACAUCGACGGAACGACCCCGAAGUGUUUCUUUGAGGAGCUCCCCAAGGACACACUCGUCGUUGGCCACUACACCGCCGAAGAGUGGGACGACAGGAUCAACAACUGGGCCAAGCACGACGGCAUCAGCAUCUACAUCACCGUCGACGAGCUCUUCGACAAUGACCACCGCGUCGUCUCCCAGCGCGGUGCCGCCGCGGGCAAGUUCACCUUCUCCGCUGCCGAUGCCGGCGACCACCAGCUCUGUUUCACCCCCUCGUCAACAUCGGGCCGCUCCGGCUGGUUGAGCCAGUCCUCACACAACGGCGGCAUCCGCCUGACGCUCGACCUCGCCAUCGGCGAGACCUCCCGAAUCGAGUCGGCCGACAAGGAUAAGCUGCAGGACGUCGCCACCCGCAUCAAGGACCUCAACGCCAGGCUGCAGGACAUCCGUCGCGAGCAGGUCUUCCAAAGAGAACGCGAGGCCGAAUUCCGCGACCAGUCCGAAGCCACCAACUCCCGUGUCGUCCGCUGGAUGAUCAUCCAGCUGACCGUCCUCGCCGGCACCUGCGCGUGGCAGCUGUCACAUCUCCGGUCCUUCUUCAUCAAGCAGAAGCUCACGUGA